GUCUUUCGACGAUUUUCUGGUGAAAUUUCUUGUGGUCUUUCUGGUCUUUUGUCGAUUUCUGGUGAAAUUUCUUGUAGUCUUCUCUGGUCUUCUAGCUUUUUGGUAAUGUUGGGGUCUUUUGAUGAUUCUGGUGAAAUUUCUUGUGGUCUUCCUAGUCUUCUGGCUUUUCCGGUCUUUCGACGAUUUUUUGUGAGAUUUUUUGUAGUCUCUCCUGAUCUUCCAGCUUUUCUG